GGCGCUCGCGGAUGACGCAGGACACCGGGCUUCCGCGUUGGGAGCCGGCAAUAGAACCUGGGACGCGGAGAGUUUUUGUCUCGGCUGCGGGGCGCCCCGCCGGCCCGGGGUGGGGAUGCACCGGCGCGGGGUGGGAGCUGGCGCCAUCGCCAAGAAGAAACUCGCCGAGUAAGGGUUCCCUGCCCUGUGGGAAGUCCAAGUUCCUCCCAGCUCCAACCAGGUCUAGGAAGAUGUCAAAACAGUUGGACAUGUUUAAGACCAACCUAGAAGAAUUUGCCAGCAAGCACAAGCAAGAGAUCCGCAAGAACCCUGAGUUUCGAGUCCAGUUCCAAGAUAUGUGUGCUACCAUUGGGGUGGAUCCUCUGGCCUCCUUCCAAGUGCAAGCACUACAGACAGGACUCACCACACCAGCUUUUCUCUGCCUCAUCUUGAAGUGCUGAUUCUUCAGGCGGGGUUCCCUCUCGUGACAUAUCUUCCAUCUUCUCUCUGCUUGGGCUCGGACACACAACCAAGGAAGAUGGUGGCUAUGAAGACCUGCUCUCUGCUGAUGUUGCUGCUCUUCCUGGGGGCCGCGCUGGGAGAAGAAGAAGUUCAAUUCAGAUCCCAAGCUAAAUCUGGUAGCCUCCGGCCUCGAGGCCCAAGGUAUGCAGAGGGGACUUUAAUCAGCGAUUACAGCAUCCUCAUGGACAAGAUCCGCCAACACGAAUUUGUGAACUGGCUGCUGGCCCAGAAGGGGAAGAAGGUCAACUGGAAACACAACAUCACCCAGAGAGAGGCCCAGGCCUUGGAGCAGGCAGGACAAUCUGAGAGAAAUGAGGAGACAGAGGGACAAGAGAGAUCCCAAGCUAAAUCUGGUAGCCUCCGGCCUCGAGGCCCGAGGUAUGCAGAGGGGACUUUAAUCAGCGAUUACAGCAUCCUCAUGGACAAGAUCCGCCAACACGAGUUUGUGAACUGGCUGCUGGCCCAGAAGGGGAAGAAGGUCAACUGGAAACACAACAUCACCCAGAGAGAGGCCCAGGCCUUGGAGCAGGCAGGACAAUCUGAGAGAAAUGAGGAGACAGAGGGACAAGAGAGGUCUGAGUGACUGACCUAGCCCAGAGCAGGACUGGACUCUACCCUUUGCUUGCUCAGCUCCUGCUUCUGCCCUGGUCCAAAGUCCAAAGUCUCCGAGAAAAGCAAACCAAUAAAGUCUUGAGCUAAAGUAAA